AUGGCUCUUGCCGGGCUCCGGCGGCAGAGUUGGAGCCACGGGGGGGGUACAGAAGGGGCCCCCUCGGCCCAGGUGCUGGGGGGGGCGGCUCCCCCCGGGGACAUCCGUGUGCCGGCCCACUGUGGCGAGGUGUGUGACGCCAGAAGCGGAGCCGAGCCUCAUAUGCUCCCCUGGUGCUGCCGCCUGCACCGGCUCCGGCGCUGCCGCUACAUCAUCCCCUGCCUGCGCUGGGGGUGCGGGACCUGUCGGGGAUGGGGCCGGUCCGGGCACUGGGGCUGCUGCUGUGCCUGCGGCUGUGUGGGGGUGAGUGGCGGGGUGGUGGGAGCGGGGAUCCGCCGGUGCCGGGCCCGGCUCAGGCCCCUCCGUGCCGCAGGCUCCGGGCAGCUGCGGCUGGUGGGGGGCGGCGGGCGCUGUGCCGGACGCGUGGAGGUGAAUCACGACGGUGAGUGGGGCUCCGUCUGCGUCUUCGACUUCGACUGGGAAGCCCGCUGGGCCACCGUGGUGUGCCGGCAGCUGGGCUGUGGCCGCGUGGCCUCGUCGUCCCUGUACGCCCCGUUCGGGCAGGGCAGCGGCCGGAUCUGGCUCCAGCCCUACUUCUGCCGUGGCACCGAGGAGGUGCUGGAGGAGUGUCCGCACUUCGGAUGGGGUCAGCACUACUGCGGCCACGAGCGGGAUGUGGGGGUGAUCUGCACAGAGGCCGUGGAGCUGAGGCUGGUGGAUGGCGGCGGUCCCUGCGCCGGGAGGGUGGAGGUGAAGCUGCGGGGACAAUGGGGCUCGGUGGGAGAUGACGACUGGGACAUGGUGGAUGCCGAGGUGGUGUGCCAGCAGCUGGGCUGUGGCUCGGCCGCUGGCGCCUACUCUGCCCGCAACCGCUUUGGCACAGGGACCGGGCCUAUCAACCUGGUCCUGGUGGACUGCAAGGGGGAUGAGGCCACACUGUGGGACUGCGAGAUCCGUGGCUGGGGACCUUAUGGGAACAACCACGACUAUGACACCUCCGUCAUCUGCCAAGGGUUUUCCCGGCUGGUCGGAGGUGACAGAGCCUGUGCCGGGCGGUUGGAGGUGCGGCAGCGCCAGGCCUGGGUUGGCGUCUGCGCGGAGCACGUGGACAUGAAGGUGGCCCAGGUGGUGUGCCGGGAGCUGGGCUGCGGCGCGGCGCUGGCCAUCCCCGGCAGCGGCCGGUUUGGGGCGGGAACGGGGCCGCUGUGGGAGGGGGGGUUCAACUGCAGCGGCACCGAGCCCCUCCUCAGCGCCUGCGGCCGGCGGGUGCCCCCCGGCCAGGGCUGCGCUGGCCACGCCACCAUCAUCUGCUCCCCCUACACGGGCUUCCGGCUGGGGAACAGCAGCUCGGGCUGUGCCGGGCGGGUGGAGGUGGCGGUGAGGGGCACGUGGGGGUCCGUGUGCGCCACCGACUGGGACCUGCCCGAUGCCGACGUCCUGUGCCGCCACCUGGGCUGUGGCCACGCCGUCACCGUGCCCCCGGGAGGCUCCUUCGGCAGCGGGGACGGGCCGCUGAGGCCGGACGCCUUCGGCUGCAGCGGGAGCGAGCGGCACCCGGGCGAGUGCCCCGUGGCGGUGCUGGGGGAGCCCCCCUGCAGCCCGGGGAAUGCCGCCGCCGUCAACUGCUCAGGCAUCGUCAAUUCCGUGCGGCUGGUGGAGGGUGAGAGCCGGUGCGACGGGUGGCUGGAGUUGGCCAUAAGCCCUGGGGUCUGGCGCCGUGUGCCAGGAGAAGUGGAAGAGGGCAAAACCUGUAGGUAUUACCCCCAGUGUGGGAUCUCUCCUGGGCAGGUGAUAGUCCCAGCUACAGUGAUGGGAAAAAUGGUUAAAAGAGAACCCCCAAAGUUGGAAAUCCUCCUGGAGGUUCUUGGCAAAGAGAGUUUGCUGAGUUCCCCCUGA